AUGAGGAUUAUAUUUUUGCUUACCGCGUUGGUGGGCUUACUUCUGCUUUCAAUUACGCUUAACGCAGUGCGUGAAGGUAAGAUCUUUAGGCGUCUUAAAAAGAGAUUGGGCGGCUUGCCUUUUUUUCGAGUAAUGAAAAAUAUUUUCCUGGAAGUUUGCAGCAUAAUUUGUAUUAGUAAAAUCAAACGUUUGCAUCAUUUUUUCAUCCAACUCUAUAUAAUAUGGGGAAUGUUGUGGGCCAUUUAUCUAUCGCAUAAGUUUUUUUCUUAAAAAGGGGCACCUCACACUUUUUUUAAAAUCAUGAUGUUUUGCGAAAGUUAAGCUUUAUUUUAGUUGCUAUGGUACAUAGAAUGUUACACGUGCGCAUUACUCCUUGCCUCGCGCUUCGACGGUUGCCCGUGACGUGUUCAACAAAUAAUUCGGGAGAAGAUAACACUUUAUAGAUGCUUAACAUUACUCUGCGCCACAGACAAAACUAAACUCUGGUGUAUGAAAAUUCUGAUUUUUAGGAUCAGGGUUUUUAUAUGAUCUUAAUACAUUUUUGUUCUUCAAAAAUCUCACCGUCAACUAUAAUCAGUAACCAAGUCAAGUUUACGGCCACUUUCAGGCAAAGGUUUUAAAUCGAACUUGAUGACCAAGUUCAAUUUUAAAAAGUUACAACCUCCUUUUGUUUCUGCAGACCCUGUCAUGGCUGAAAAACCAGAUUUCUUUUAUGAAGACUUCGCAAAUGGAGCAACUGUCAUCGGAAAAUGGCAGGGAAAGGUAAAGGUUUCUUUGAGGGCUGCGAUAAACUAAACCAUUAGAGAUAUUUAUAAUCACAUUUGCGGCAAAUGGGGAAUCAAAUUUGUACCACGUAACCAAGUUUUCCCUUUACCUGUUUUUAACCGUUCUUUAAUUUGCUUCUACAAAACAUUUUCGGUUUUAGAUGAUUUCAUCUAUAAGAAUUGCUUUGAGCUGUUUUUAUCAGCUUAUUUUCUAUUUUUAUAAAUUGUUAACUUGAAUCUACAACUGAAUCUACCGUCUACCGUUUGCAGAAACCUUGACUCUAAAUCUCUCUGUUGUUGUCUUUCUUACUAUAGUCGCCUUUUUUCCUGUUUAGUAUACUUUCGACACUGCUCGCUGGUUUAAAUAACUUUGAAGUCUUGGAUCCUUAUCAUAACUUAUAUUUGGUUAUUUAAAACACUGGGCCUCACUUGACCCACGGUUAAGCCAAAUUUUAAGCAAGAUGUUAUCUUAAGUAACUGGAGCUCUUAAAAUAUUGUUGGGACCACACCCCGUAGUUUGGUUUCAAACUGUUUACAAGAAGAGAUAAUUAAAAAAGCAUAAUAUAAAAGCGCUAACUUGCUAUGCAUUUACUUAUUUCUAGCCAAUCUUUGUAAUUAGACUACCUAGUUUAUUUUCUUCUUUUCUUCAAACCUUUAUUUGUGUUCUUUGCUGCUCUCACGACAGAAUUAUAUCAUCAAGAUGAAAAUUAAAACCCUGAAACUUGACUUAAAAGUGGUUGUUCGAGAGACUGGCUCUGCACAAGACGAUAUCUACAGUACUUUCCAAGAGGAAAAGGUAACUAAAACCGUACACAGUGUAUGUCAGUGCGUCUGAACGUUCGAAAAAGUAACGUCACUAAAUGAUCAGUAAAACGUCAAAGCUUGCAUCUAAUUGCUAAAAGGCAAACAUAUUAUUUAUUUUCAUGAAUAAAUUGUGGUUAAUUCAUUUUCUGAUAGUUUCAAAAGAAGCAAACGUAGGGUUAGACUUUUUGCCAUUUAACAAUCAAAAGAUAAUCGUCUUAAAACUCCAGAUCAGUUUCGUAUUUGCUUUUAAAAUUCUUGAUUUUAUUUAGAAUCACGACUCGCAAACCUGUUUGAACCCAGAAAGUGUACCUCACUACAAUAACCAAACUUGUGAACCCAGGCCUCUGAGUCUAACGGAGCAGACAUGGAACAAAUUACUCAAGAAUACAGUGGCGAUAACAGCUUGGACAUGGAACGGAAUAAACAGGGCAUCAAAAACAACUGUUGAGUUUGUGGCGACAAUGGCCUGUAAAUUUUGCGGUGGAGUUAAGUUUACGGCAGAGUGGAUCUUUGACAAGGUGCCGUUUAUGGCUGAGUGGACCUGGCAGCGAAUCUUGUGGAUGGCGCGGUGGACCUGGGACAAUGCAACCGAUUUUGCAGAGUGGACUUGGUGCCAACUGACUUACCUGGCUAACGGAAUUUGGGAUACGAUUGAAAGGAUAAUUAAUUUCUGCUUCACUUCAAUUUGCGCCUUCAUUGGUACCGUUUCUGAGCUGUAUGCUGUAUACGUUAAGAGUAAGUGAAGAUCCUGUUUGUAAGGUAAAUUAUAUCGAGCACAGCUUGACCGUAGUAGCUAAAGAAACACUUCACUGAAACUCAGGGAGGCAUUUUCGGAAUCUGGGAUAAGGUGCGGGAUUGGGAAAGACGAAAAAUAUCUUGAUGAGAAACGGUAUUCUUUUUUUUUAAAAAAAGAAGCGACAGUGCGAGAUCAGGACCUCUCUCCGCAGACACUGCAGACUGUAUUGCUAUUGUCUGGUGAUCAGUACCCUGGGUACCAGAGGUUUUUUCUCGCGUGCGACGGGGAGCUUCGUUUCGUCGGCCGCAGGCAAAAACGUGUUCGGCCAAAGGCCGAAGACACGAGCGGUUCGCGCGGGUCACUUUUUAAGACUUGACCGAAACCGGAAACCGCGCAUGAAAAGCCUUUGGCACCCAGGGUAGGUGCUCAGUCAAACGCCAGAUAAGACUUUCUUACCAAAACAUAACAGAAUUCUCCGAGGUUGUGUGCUCAACUCACCGUACCCGUCUAAUCGAAGUGAUUUGGAAAUUUGCUGAGUGUAAUGAAAAACUGUUUUGUUAUACACAGGUCACAUGACAUACAUCAGAUCCCUGUUUGGUGGUAUUACCAGACAGGAAAUAGUCAGAACACUGAUUACAAGUUUUGUGUUGGUUUCUACCCUGCUCUUCAUUAACAAGACGAUCAGAUAUGUGAUUCGGAGACAAAGGUAAGUGUGUCCCGACUUGCACUUUGAAUUGAAACAAAUGUAUACAUGGCAAGUACAUCAACUCACAAAACACGACAACAGAAUUGAUACUCAAGAAGCGCCAACUAAUUUGCUGUUUAGAAAAUUUAUAGACUUACAAUGUUAUAUUGUUGUAGCGUUUUCUAAAUGACCACACCAGUGAUUGUCUUUGAACAACGCGAGCUUGUUCUUAGCAAAUUCUUGCGGGUAGUUUCCGUACAGGCCGUAGUCUUUCGUUUUGGACCUGAACAUUAAAUCAUCAGUCAUGGAGUUUAACAAAUGUCAUUUGUAAAAAGCUUUGUAGAGAAAUCAGCUUUUUGCGACUCGAUCAAAACUUCCAGUGAUCUAGAAAUUGAAUAAUAUGAUAGAGUUGUAGUCUUUCUUAGCACAAUUGAAAGGAUCCAAGGAUGAGUAUCAAUUCAGAUGAUGUCAAUGGUUGAGUUAGCCUGAGAAAGCAGUCGACAUUUCGCGAAACCACCGCUGGAAUCUCCGCGAAAUGACGUGUGAUCAAGAAGCGAACACAGAAAUUCCGUACUGAUGACGCAUCACUACGCAGAUCUGAGUGGCGCUUCUGAUUAGCCAAAGCAGCUUCACCAAUCAGAAAAACUACCCAUAUCUCCGUAGUGACGCGUCAUCAGUAUGGAAUUUCGGCGUUCCUCAGACGUGAUUUCGCGAGGAAACCUAGUGGCGGAGUCGCAAUAUGUCGGUUGUUCUCUCAGGGUGUUGCUAGGUCCAAAAUUUGAAUAUGCAGGGGGGGGUAUGAAAGGCAGAUCGGGCGACUAAUUAGUACCUAAAGAUAGAAAAUACACCAUCUGAGUUAAUAAUCUAAGAAUGUUUUUUCUCUUGACAGACAGGCGCGGUUGGAAAAGGAAGCUGCCGAACGGGUUGCAUCUGCAGAUUCCCAAAAGCAAAUAUGGCGCCCAAAAUCAAGGAAGAAAAAGAAAAUUGACAAGAAGGGCUGGUAG